AAACUACAAACCCCAGAAAGAUACAUCAGCGCACAUUCCGCGCCAGUGUCCCAGCUUUUCAGAGGGUAGCAUGGCUUAAAAAAAGCAAAACAGAGGGUUUUUUUUUGGUUUGCAAAAAUAUAAAAAUAGGUCAAGCGAUUUAAUAAGCAAGAGCUGCCUGUUUUCUUUUCAUCAUAUCUAGACUAAUCGACAACUACUGGCAAUUUGCAGGAUUUGAACGUUUGUUAGCAUGAUACAUCUAACGUUAGAUCUGUAUUUGUCUGUUUUGUUUUUAGCAAUAACAUCAGGCUAACAAACACAUCUGCUCACAUAAAAUAUUGAUCUAAAGUUGAGAAGUAGUUCCGUAGAUUUCUCGGUAGUCUUAGUUUUAAAAAGACGGGAUGCCAGUGCAUUCGAGAGAAAAGAAGGAGAGCAACCAUGAAGAGAUGGAUGUGGAUUUCGCAGAGCAAGAGGGGAGCAGCUCAGAAGAUGAGGAUACAGAGAGCUCUUCUGUCUCUGAAGAUGGGGAAAGUUCAGAAAUGGAUGAUGAGGACUGUGAAAGGAGAAGGAUGGAAUGCAUUGACGAAAUGACAAAUCUAGAAAAACAGUUCACUGACCUCAAAGACCACUUAUAUAAAGAGAGACUGAGUCAAGUUGAUGCCAAACUUCAGGAAGUGAUGUCAGGAAAGGCACCAGAGUACCUGGAACCCCUUGCAAAUCUUCAGGAGAACAUGCAGAUUAGAACUAAAGUUGCAGGUAUCUACAGAGAAUUGUGCUUGGAAUCAGUGAAGAAUAAAUACGACUGUGAAACCCAAGCAGCGUUACAACACUGGGAGAGUGAAAAACUGUUAUUAUUUGAUACGGUGCAAAGUGAACUAGAGGAGAAGAUCAGACGUUUGGAGGAAGACCGUCACAGUAUAGAUAUUACCUCAGAGCUCUGGAACGAUGAGUUACAAUCAAGAAAAAAUAAGAAGAAAGAUCCCUUCAGUCCAGACAAAAAGAAAAAGCCUGUCGUUGUGUCAGGACCAUAUAUAGUUUACAUGCUGCAAGACCUGGAUAUACUGGAAGACUGGACUGCUAUUAGAAAGGCCAUGGCAACAUUAGGACCUCACAGAGUAAAGACUGAUGGCUGUGCAGGGGAUGUGAAGUGCAGGGAUGGGUUGGUGUCUGUAUUCAGAAAGGCACGGAAGGCAAAUAACGCGAGCCACUAAAGGGACAUCGGUAUCGGUAUCGGUAGCCUGUUACAUUGCAGUACAUAAGAUUUCACUUACCACAUAAACAGAGUAAGGAGAGAUGACUGAGGAUGAUGGCGAAUGAUUUACAGAUCCUGAGCACCACUGACAAGCAUCUGAUCUUGUAAAAUGUGUGGUAAGUACUGCCACUACAUAGUAUAAACAAGAGUUUGUGCGAUUGCAAAUCUCGAAAGUGAAAGUAAAAAGCGAUUGUGCAUUUGAAAGCAGUUUCAGUGCCCAGCAUAUUAAUAGCGGCUCCCUGAUGCCCACAUUUUAUAUACAGUAUAAUUACUGUAUACUAUUUAACUGUAAGAGAAAGUAUAUAUGUUGAAAUAUAUAUUUUCCUCCCUGUGUUUCCUUCCUGUAAGCUACUGAAAUGAGCCGCACUGUGAAACGGCCAAUCAGAGCAGAGCUCAACAUUAUUAUUCAUGACCCUUCCAAAUAAGCCAAUAACAGACCGUUUCAUUCUAGGGAGAAAUCCUAGGGUAGUAAAUGCACAUGUAAAACCGUUUCUGGAGAAUUUUUGCCCUUAUCUAAGCCACAUACCUUCUAUGUAGAUAUCAAAGAACAAUUUAAAAUAUUGUAUCAAUGCAUUCUAUGGCAUCUUUAAAGUAAAUUACUCUUCUAAUGUAGUAUUACAUUAUUUAUUAGUUAAAUACUACAGUUCAAAGGUUUGGUCAGGAUGACUUUUUGGUCUCUUAUGCUCACCAAGGGUGCAUUCAUUUGAUCAAAAAUACAGUACAUGCAGUAAUAUUGUGAAAUAUUAAAAAUAAUUGUUUUCUAUUAAAAUAUAUUUUAAAAUUUAUUAAUUCCUGUGAUGCAAAGUUGAAUUUACAGCAUCAUUACUCUUCAUCAUUCUAAUAUGCUGAUUUGCUGUUAAAAAACAUCUCUUAAUAAUAAUGUUGAAAACAUCCGCGCAUUUUUGUGGAAAUUGUGAAAUUUUUAGGGUUCUUUGAUGAAGAGAAAAGGUAACAAAAUUUAAUAUAUAAUAUAUAUUUACUAAACCUACUAAAUAUAUUCAUUACUAAACCAAAAAGUAAACUGUUGUAGAAUUUCCCUAUAUAAUGACCUUGAACUGUUCUAAGUCCCUUUUGCUCUGGGCAACUUCCUGGAGUUUUGGUGCAUAAUGACCCCAUCUAACUCCUAAGUGGUAACCUAUUAACAAAUGCCAGUUAAAUAUAGACAUGUUUUUGUAGUUGCUGCAGCUAUAUUGGUUUAUCCUAUACGUUGUUUUUUUUGUUGUUACAUUAGUAACAGCAGAACUUGCAUAAUU